CAUUUCAGAUGGAUGAACUGUAGUACUUCAAAGCAGUCACCUACACUGCAUACAAUUAAAAGUACAUGAUUGAUGAUUGAUUGUUGUUGCAUCUUGCACCCUCUACUAAAGAGUUCCAGGCAACGACCAAUCACACAUGUGGUGGCUCAAGUUGAGUUGGCGAGGGACUGCCACAACUUAACUCAAUAUGCCGGCUAAAAACGCUGAUGAGAAUACGCCUCUUCUCUCUGGGGAGGAUGUUACACGAAAUGCAGAGCCAGGGACAUUCGAGGCCACAACUCUAAAUGAACCCGGUGCCAACGGGAAUGAUAAGCCGUUGCCCCGGCUGCAGAUCGCUUUGCUCUGCUAUGCCCGGGUUGUCGAACCGGUUGCCUUCUUCUGCAUCUUCCCCUUCAUCAACCAGAUGGUGCAGGAGAAUGGCAACCUCGACGAUGCCGACGUUGGCUUCUACAGCGGCGUCAUCGAGUCGCUGUUCUCGCUGACCCAGAUGGCCGUCAUGAUCCUCUGGGGCGAGGCGGCUGACAGGCUUGGCCGUAAGCCUGUUCUAGUCCUCUCCUUGGCCGGCGUCACCGUUGCUACCUCCAUCUUCGGGAUGGCGAAGACGAUCUGGCAGAUGAUCCUAUUCCGCUGCCUCGCUGGGGUCUUCGCGGGGACUAUCGUGACAAUUCGCACCAUGAUAUCCGAGCAUAGCACCUCCAAGACCCAGGCGAGAUCGUUCAGCUGGUUCGCAUUCGCAGGCAACUUGGGCAUUUUCUUUGGCCCGCUGGUUGGCGGUGCGCUUGCAGACCCAGCCCGCCAAUACCCCAAACUAUUCAAGAACAUCCAGUUCUUCACUGAUUAUCCUUACGCCCUGCCAAACUUCGCCGUCGGCAUCAUCUGCUUGACCGCCACGAUCGUCACCGCUCUCUUCGUCACCGAGACGCUGGUCAAGAAACCAUCGGGCAUCAGUGGUGAUGAUUCCGCACUCGCCGCGUCAAAGCCCCCUCCCCCCUCAAACCGGGAGCUUCUCAAAUCGCCGGGUGUUGCCAUGGCCGUGUACUCGUAUGGCCACGUCAUGCUGCUCGCCUUCGCAUAUACCGCCAUUGUGCCCCUCUUCUGGUUUACACCCGUCCCUCUCGGCGGCUUCGGCCUGACAUCGCUGCAGAUCUCGCUACUGAUGGGCGUCAACGGCUUUGCGCAGGCGAUCUGGAUCCUCUUCGUCUUCCCGCCGCUGCAGCACCGGAUCGGCACGGCCGGCGUGCUGCGCGUCUGCGCCAUCGCCUACCCGAUCUUCUUCGCCACCUCCCCGCUCUUCAACGCGCUGCUGCGCCUCGACAGCCAGGCCGCCGUCACGGCCUUCUGGGUCAUCAUGCCCGUGAGCCUGGCCGUCGGGUGCGGCGUCAGCAUGUCCUUCACGGCGGUCCAGCUCGCGCUCAACGACGUCUCGCCCAGUCCCCAGGUCCUGGGCAUGCUGAACGCGCUGGCCCUGACGGGGGUAAGCGGCACCCGCGCGUUCUCGCCGGCGCUGUUCACGAGCCUGUUUGCCAUCGGCGCCAGGACUCAGUGGCUGUGGGGCUACUCCAUCUGGGUGGUGAUGACGCUCGUCGCGGGGGCCUGGACGGUUGCGUCCCGGAACUUGCCCGAUUACGAUGAGAUGAAGAGGAGGAGGGAGCGGGAGGGGGAGGAAUAGACUUGGAUAAGAUCUAGCUACGGAUCGGUUUCACGUACUAACCUGGGAGACUCUAAAAAAAUUUGGGGCCCUUCCAACAAGUGGCUUCAAAUACGUAGCUAGACCUUGACAAAAACAAUACAUGUGCCACAUGACCCAGCCAAGUGAGGCUCGGCCUUCAGCCCAGAAAUGGUUUAGAUGAAUUCGGGGUCCAGGUGCAGGCGCAAAAUCUUG